AUGCCGCCGCCCGUCGGUAGAUACGCGCCCUCAGGGCUCGCUGGUCCAUUCCCCCAUCUCCCUCAGAGCCACCUGCAACAGCAGCAUUCGCAACAACAUCACGCAACCCAUGCGCAGACUCCGAAUACAGGCCUUCCCCCGCCUUCCCUAGGUGGCCAUCCUGGCUUUGGCCCUACGAGUGCAAGUUCAAACAUAAGUCCGUUCGCCAUACCUGGAGCUAAUGGGAUGGGCGUGGUGGGUUUCCCUGCGGGGCCUUCCACUGCUGGUAUCCCUGAUGGGGGCGGGACAGGUCUAGCGAGCCACGCGGCACAGAUAGGUUUUGUGAGGGGGGCUCAGAUGCAGCAGCAACAGCAACAGCAACAACAGGCGCAUUUGGGCCAUGACAACCGUCUAUCCGUGGAUGGAAAAGGUGCUGCUGCAAACUCGAGGAUACGAGACGUUUGGAAACACAACUUGGCACAGGAGAUGCAGGUCCUGAGGAUAUUAGUAGACAAGUACCCUUAUAUUAGCAUGGAUGGCGAAGUUCCUCCCGCCCUACCACUGGAUGUAAAUACCCAAUACGGGGCAAACCUCGGCCCAGCGCCUUGCACUUGGCAAUUCAACUUCCGCUUCUCGUUGGAAGGUGACAUGUAUGCGCAGGAAUCGACAAGCAUGCUAGCGAAAGCCGGAAUUGACUUUGCUAUGCAUGAGAAAAACGGCAUUGAUCCACACGACUUUGGGGCGCUUCUGAUGACUUCCGGAUUAGUCCUCAUGGACGACGUACAUUGGAUUUCGUUCCAUUCCGGCUAUGAUUUUGGGUAUUUGAUGAAAAUUAUGUUAUGUAAACCAUUACCGACUGACGAGCAAGAAUUCCACAAACUCCUCACCAUCUUCUUCCCAUCCGUCUACGACAUCAAAUACCUCAUGAAGCACGCCGGCCGCAGCCAAACUGUUAACAAAUCUCCUCUCACUCAGAGCGCUGCUCAGAUAAUUGCAAACCUUGGCCAAAAAUCUGGCCUCCAGGAUAUUGCAGAUGAAUUAGGGGUGAAACGAGUUGGUAUAGCACAUCAAGCUGGAUCAGACUCACUAGUGACGGGCGAAAUCUUCUGGAAAAUGCGCCAGCUGGUAUUCAAUGGUUCUAUCGAUGAAAGCAAGUACUCGGGUCAAAUCUGGGGUUUAAACGGGCAGGUAGCCUCCAGGCCUUUCCAAGGCACAAACCAAGCACAGCAAACUCCCAAUCUCAACGGAGCCACCAUCUACUCCAAUGCAGCUCAAACGCAACAUGCCGGCGUUGGUCCAUUAACGCCGGGCGGCGGCGGAGGAGUGUUUGGUACAUUCCAAUUUGCCAAAUCGUGA